AAUGUAGUUGCAAUGCAAUCGAGAUUUUUAUAUGACAAAUGCUCCCUCAAUCCACUUGCCGCCCAUCAUCUAACACCACAUUCUUUCACUGAAAUAGUAACCGUUGAAUGGGUAACCAUAUUUCAAGAACAAUAAACCUUUCUCUCUUGGAAGUCAGUAAUUUAUUCAUAUUCGAUUCCCAAGAUUCCCAUUGUUAGUGCAAGGCAAAAAGAGUUUAGAAUUUCCAUUUCUUUUAUGCCAUUAGUUACUUUGCCAAGCAUCUGCCAAACUGCCUUUUGUUUGGUUUUUGCCCUUUUUGGUUCUUUCAGUUUCAGGUUUAAAUAGUUUAUCAUUGUCAUUUUAAAUGUUAAUUGUUACCACAUUUGUAGUCAUGGAAAUGGUUCAAGUUUCCAACCAUGCAAUGUUUUAUUUAAUGUUGAAUGGAUCUCAAAUUCUGAAACUCUUCUCUUUAUUUUUUUUAACUUAUCUCUGACAAUGGUGUCACUAAUAUCUCUAUUUUAUUUGUUUAUUGGGUUUUGUGAAAUCAUUAAACUUUUCAUUGGCAGCACCACUGCUUUAACAGAUAGCUUUUAGGUGUUUUUGAUUAAUGGGGUGAUUUAUAAAAACUGGUGAUUAGUUAGUUUAAUGGAUAAAUCCCACAUGGGUGAUGGGACCCUUUUUGUUGCCUUGAUUUUUGUGAACCCAAGUUUCAGAUAUUUCAAUGGUUCCUGUUGAAAAACAUGAUUUGGUUCUCUUUUCUGUUUGCACUUAAUACUAUUCUGCCAUUUGUGCUUUAAUUGUUUGUAAAAAUGACUCAGAGAAGUUCUCUUGGUAAUAACUAGAGCUUUUGCAGACUUCUUCAAUAAGUGACAUCUAAUAGAUUUGAAGUUCGAAUCCGUGGAGAAGAUUUGCGUACUUCUUCACUUAAGGUCUGCAAACUAUAAGUCUUUGGUGGUUAGCUUUUAGUAGCUUCAAGAUUCUCAAAGUUUUGAACUCGGAUUUGGGGUUUGAAUCCUCUUAAAAGUAACAUCCAACAGAUUUGGGGUUUGAAUCCUCUCAUCUUUACGGCUUUGGCCUUUGUUGUGUAAACAAAUUGCCAAAGUUCCUAUAGAAGCUUUUAGUUCAUUAGAAAAUGAGAUCAACUGAAGAUAAAGGAUACUAUGAGAUUUCAAGCAGCAGUGGCAUUAGUUUUGAGUUUCAUAAAGGGAAUGGGGCUACCAAUCGUGGUUCUCAUCAUCGAACCGGUGGCUUUGGCAAACCAACACCUUCAAAAUGGGAUGAUGCGCAGAAAUGGCUGGUGGGGCUGUCAAGAGGUAGAAACAAGGGCCAACCCGAAACCACACCUCGAAACUCCAAUGCUGAUGACCGAAGAUUGAUAGCACUUGUUCCACAAAAAGAACAAGAUUGUUCAAGCAGUGAAGGUGAAGGUUCAGCAGCAGAAGAAACAAAUGGAUCGGCAAUGGCUGCCACUGCUGUUGCAGCAGUGCCAUCUGAAUACCAAGAUGAAACAAAACAGGUGGAUUGCGAUGAAUCUAUUUGGCCAAUCAAUUACAAGCCUGCAAAUCAGAACUCAACAUCAGUUGUUAGAUCAGUAUGUGUGAGAGAUAUGGGGACUGAGAUGACCCCUGCCGCAAGCCAAGAGCCAUCAAGAACAGCAACACCAAUACGAGCCAUGAGUCCUUCAGCAAGGAAUCCUACUCCUAUCACGUCGGGAUCUUCCACACCGGUCCGUUGCCGCUAUGGUCAAGCCUGUGCUGAAAACCAUCAAGCAGGUACAACAACAUCAACUGAUGCCAAGGGUGAACAUGAAACUAAUGGAGCUUCCAGGGGAAAUGGAUCAAAUGGACUGCAUGAACAAGAAUCCAGGAUACAUGAAAACAAUAAUUCAGAUCAAGUUAGCAAGCAAAAUACACUAGAAACUCGAGCUAUGGCUUGGGAUGAGGCUGAACGUGCCAAAUAUAUGGCAAGGUAUAAGCGUGAAGAAGUGAAGAUACAGGCCUGGGAAAAUCAUGAGAAGAGAAAGGCAGAAAUGGAGAUGAAGAAAAUGGAGGUGAAAGCUGAGAGAUUGAAAGCACGUGCAAAAGAAAAAUGUGCAAACAAACUAGCGGCAACAAGGAGAAUAGCUGAAGAGAAGCGAGCAAAUGCAGAAUCAAAACUAAAUGAAAAGGCAAUGAGGACUUCAGAAAGGGCGGAUUACAUAAGGAGAACCGGUCACUUGCCUUCUUCUUUCUCUUUCAAGUUGCCUCCCCUUUGUUGGUAGCCAAAUCUCACUUACUUCAAUACUUGUUCUGCCACUUCUUUUAAAUAUAUGUAAUGUGUUUUCGUAUUACUCGGAUUCAAAUUUGAGUAUAUUCGGAAUACAUAUGACUUUUUUAUUUUUUAUAAUUUUUCAUGUAAUCAAAGAUCGUGGAAAGGUUAUGUCCUCGUCUAUGAAAAAAGUUUGCAUGAUAAAUGUAAAAGUUGGAGUUACAUAUUUGGACCAAGGGUUUGCCUUUUUAGAAAGUUGUCAAUUAUUAAUUACACUUAUUUAAAGGAUUUGAGUUGAUCCUUUCGUUUUAUUA